CAGUGCUUGAUGAUCUAGACAUGUCGAAAAUAUACAUCAUCGGUGGCCUAGUGGAUCGAAACAGAUGGAAGGGCAUAACACUGAAGAAGUCAGCUGAGCAGGGAAUUCAAUCUGCAAAGCUUCCUAUUGGAAACUACCUAAAAAUGUCAAGUUCUCAGGUUCUUACAGUUAACCAAGUGUUUGAGAUAAUGUUGAAGUUUGUGGAAACAAGGGACUGGAAGACGGCAUUCUUCCAUGUGAUUCCACAAAGGAAGCGAGGAGAAGCUGAGACCGGAGAUUAAUGGUGAAAGCAUUCCUUUAAAGACUUCUCAAAUCCUAAUGUGCAAUUUCACUUAUGAACAUGUGCACAGUUUUGCCUCCUCGCCUUUCUUGUCAACCUACUAGUAUUAGGAGCUAUGCAAAAAUGUUCUUCAUGCUCUGAAUGACUAAACCCUGCAUUUCUAUGCAACGCCAUGCUCAGUUUUAGAUGAGAUCCACUUCUCCGUGUUUUCGGCUCCGUUUAGCCAUUGAUGGUUACCAUCUGCCUUCUUUUAUUGAGUAAUUUGUGUGCCGUUGCAACACACGAGCAUACGUUGACUCAAAUAGAAUUUUGCGUAUCA